GAGAGAGAGAGAGAGAGAGAAAAGGAGGAGGAAGUCUUCGGGACACGGGCAUCACUCGCUCCACGGCCGCAGAACACUCGGGAUCCCCGUCUUUACGCACACCAGGUGGCAGAUCGAAGGCACAUGCACACACUCCCUCACAUUUAACCAGGACUACUACACUUCGAGAACAUGGACUUCGUGAUGAAGCAGGCCUUAGGAGGGGCUACCAAAGACAUGGGAAAGAUGUUAGGAGGAGAAGAGGAGAAGGACCCAGAUGCUGCGAAGAAAGAGGAGGAACGCCAGGAAGCUCUGAGACAGCAGGAAGAGGAGAGGAAAGCCAAACACGCGAGGAUGGAAGCCGAGAGAGAGAAAGUCCGGCAAAGCAUCAGGGACAAGUACGGUCUGAAGAAGAAGGAAGAGAAGGAGGCGGAGGAAAAAGCAGCUCUGGAACAGGCGUGUGAGGGUUCACUGACGCGCCCCAAAAAGGCCGUGCCCAAAGGCUGCGGCGAUGAAGACGAGGAAGACGAGGAGAGUAUCCUGGAUACUGUACUCAAGUUUCUGCCCGGGCCCCUACAGGACAUGUUCAAGAAGUAACACAGAAGCCAGUAACCCAGAAACGAGUGACCCAGAAACGAGUGACCCAGAAACUACCGACUCAGAAUGGGGAGGGGAGGGGGAAGAGGAUGGGGAGAAUAAAGUGUGUGCAUACUCCACAAGAAUAUACAAUAUUUUAAUAUAUUUAAUGUAAAAUAUGUUAUCUUCUCUGCCAUUUCAUUUUUGCAUAAGGCAACUUGCUUAUCCUGCUUAUAAAUAUUAAUGUUAUGUUUAAGCCUCAUAAAUGCUCUGUUCACAUUUCACUAGUUUUGUUGUGUCACAGAUAAAAAUCCAAACGUCUCCUAUGUAGUUUUAAGUCCUUUAACCAUCACCAGACUCAUUAUGCCAUCAAUUCUGUCCACUUUUUACUUCUGUUUACUUUUUAAAUGUUCAUUCCUGUUUCUGACAGCAGAGGGACCUCCAUUGCCUAAAUUCUUCAUUUGCAAAAUACACAAAACAAACUUAAACUUUUUGCGGAGUAUGUACCACCCUUUAUUCUGAGCAGAGGUCGAGGGUUCAAUUGCAGACAGGAGGAAGAGGGGGAGGGAGGGAUUCUGCCAAACUGUUCAAGGCUACACACUGCCUUUUAGAGCUCUUUUCUACUCUCCAAAAACACUCUUCCCUCUUAGUACAUUUCUAUAAACUUUUAAUUUUAAAUUUCAUUUCAAUUCCUACAUUUUGCAUCAUGAACUGGUAUUUCUUUUGGCUGGUCUCCGUUUGUGGCCACCAAUGAUGGAUAGACUUUCUUCAACACUGUUCUGCAUCAUUUAAAGGUGCACUGUGUAACUUUUCUGAUGGAAGCCCCUGCUUAGCUCCAUGGAGAUAUCGUUGCUUUGCCUGGAAUGUGCCACAGUAUGGCAUUAAACUUUAAUUAUUUCAUAACAAAUGUGUUUAUUGGGCUAAGAAUACCUUGAAAAACAUACCUUCUGUCUGUGAGUGGGUUCGCCUCUACACAGAUCUGACCUGUCCAACAGUUUUUUAAAAUGAAAAAAACAAUUAGGACCGUUCCCAGGGAGAUUAACAAUUCAGAACUUAAUAUUAUAUCUUUUCAAUGGGAAAUAAUAAUCAAAAUGUUGCAUAUAACAGGAAGCUGAAGCCCAUGAAUAGUGCAAAAUGUUCCAAACAAAACAAUAUCAUUGUCAUGGAGACAAGCAGGUGGCUGAACCUCCACGCGAAAAGUUACACAGUGCACCUUUAAUUUUGCGUUAUUAUUUUUUGUUACUAACGUAGUUUUUUAUAACAUGUGCCUUCAUAUAAACUGUCAAUGAGGGUUUCACAUCAUUGUAGUUCAUUUGUUUUUCACAAAAUUCAUACUUAACAUUGAAAUUUUUAUUCAGUUAAAAAAGUUGUACGCUCUUCCAAAUUUUAGAAAAUUUAAUUUGAUUUCCCUGUUACUUCCAACUACUUCUGUGUGUAAACCUGCCAGCUAGUUAGACUGCCACCUGCCUGACAAAAAAGGGAUUUAUAAUUUACAUGUAAAUUGUUAUGCUAAAGGUUACAUAGUAAUUCACUACGCAAAGCUAGGAAUUGUGGGUAGUGUAAUGUUUUCCUCAUAGACAAUCAAAAACAUUUUUAUCCACUGACAAGGUGGGGCAGCCAGUACUGUACAUGCCAUCAUUUAUGCUCAUUUAGUUUUUGUUUUUAUAUUUUUACACAUGAAUACAACCUCAAAGCAAUGUCUGUGAUUCUUUUAACUUUAUUUACCUCAUGUGAAUGUGCUGCCAGGUUUAUUUCCCUACCAGAUUUGUGGCGCUAAGAUAAGAUUUUGGCUAAGCUAAGUUUGAUCAUCCUCGAGACCAAAGAAAAACUAAACUGGUGGGAUUUUACAUUUUUAUUGACAAAAAACAAUAAAUAAAUAAAACAAAGACAUGCAAUUUUAACCUAAAUGUGUUAGUCUGGUCAGCACCAUAGACUGGUUUAAACAUGGAUAGUCAUUACUUUUGCUUAUGUCAACCAGACGUUUAUUCUAAAUAUUCCCGUAGCCACAGCUGCCCUGGGGCAGAAUCAUCUUCCAACGACUAAUCACUCAGCCAACAUGACAUAGAUAUGCAGCUAAGGUCCAUUUAGUGUCUUGCCCAAGGACACAUAAGAGCUGGAUUAGAACCACAAACCUUUUGGUUAUUGGAUGACUGUUUUACUGCCUGAGCCACUGUCAAUAUCCAGCCUAGGAACUGAUAACAAAUAGCUAUAAUUAUCCAUUCAUUUGAU